CAGGUCUAGGCUGGUGAGGGCCUGGAAGGUGGGGAGCUGUGCGCAGGCAAAGGCAAGCGAGUGUGCUUGCGCGAUGUUCAGUACCCUGAGACCAGGCUUGAGCCACUGCUGCAGUUCGCCGAGCCAGGCACCUCCUGUUGCCCACGACACGUUACGGAGACUGAGGGUGGAGAGCGCAGGCCCAGUGGCUUCCAGAGGCGGCGGUGGCAUCGGGCCGGUUACCUCCAGGUCCUCAAGCGUCAGUUCCUUGAGGCGGGAAUAACCGAGCGCACGCAGAAGGGCGACCAGAAGCAGAGCAGGAACCUGGGCAGCGCCCAACGUGAGCCGCCGCAUGCGCAGAGCCUUGAUUGUGUCAGCGUACUGCUUCGGGUCGGCGUCGGCGCUCUUUAGAAAUUGUUCCAGGCUGCGGCCGCCGCCACGGAUUUCCACCUCGACAGCAGCCACACACUGAAAGGCGCUAGACCAGUCAGGCUUCGGAUCCGUGAAGUUGCAGACGCAGCGGAAAUCUUCUUCGUCCAGCUCGCAGGGCUCUGGUGUGGCCGCAGACACACGCAGCAGUGGCAGCAGUAGCAGCAGCAGACAGGGCACGCACACCUGCGGAGACAGCGGAGGUCAGGGCGGAUCCUGCCGGUCCCUAAGGUUCCCCGAGUAGCCCUCCUUCGGCCCUAAGAGCAUACACUCACCAUGGUCGCACUGCGGAAGGCACGGAGAGAGCAGCAGCUGGUCAGCAAGAGGCUGCUGAGAGACGAAGCCUUGGAGGAAGCCGAGGAGGGAUGUGUGGCCAUGAUCUUCGGGGAAGCCGAGAUCCAGCAGUUCCUGCGGUUAGCCCAGCGGGGGACAGAGGAAAAGGAGAGAGAGGGGGCUCUGGUCAGCCUUCGGCGAGGCUUGCAGCGCCCUGAGACGCAACAGACCUUCAUCAGGCUGGAGGGCAGCAUUCGGACCCUAGUCGGGCUCCUGACCAGCAACCAGGCCCUGCUGCAGCUUGAGGCGGCUCGGUGCCUUCAUGAGCUCUCUCACUCUGAGCAGUCUGCAGUAGUUGAGGCCUGCCUGCCAGCCACUUCCUACCUUCUCACCUACCUCUCCGGUCACAGCUCAGACUUUAUAGAGCUCUGUCUGUAUACACUGGGUAACCUGAUUGUGGAGAGUGAGGCUGUGAGAAGGCAGCUCCUGCCACAGGGCAUUGUUCCAGCCUUGGCUGCCUGCAUCCAGUCUCCCCAUCUGACUGUGCUGGAAGCUCUUGGAUAUGCCUUGUCCCAGCUUCUGCAGGCUAAGGAAGCUCCAGAGAAGAUCAUCCCCUCUGUCCUGGGCUCCACUCUCCCCCAACAUAUGCUGCAACUGUUGCAACCUGGCCCAAAGCUGAACCUUGGAGUAGCUGUGGAGUUUGCCUGGUGCCUUCACUACAUCAUCUGCAGCCAGGUCAACAAUGCCCUGCUCAUCACCCAGGGUGCUCUGUCCACCCUGGGGCUGCUGCUGUUGGACUUGGCUGGGGCUGUCCAGAGAACUGAGGAUGCAGGACUGGAGCUGCUGGCAUGCCCUGUGCUUCGGUGUCUAAGCAACUUGCUAACAGAGGCAGCAGCAGAGGCUGUGGGAGGGCAACUGCAGCUCCGAGAUGAGCGUGUCGUGGCAGCCUUAUUUAUCCUUCUGCAGUUCCUCCUCCAGAAACAGCCCAGCCUGCUUCCUGAGGGCCUCUGGCUCCUUAACAACCUCACUGCAAACAGUCCUAGUUUCUGCACCUCCUUGCUCUCCCUGGAUCUGACUGAGCCCCUCUUGCACUUGUUGUCUGUAUCUAAUGUGGUGAGCGUGUUGGUGCUCACGGUUCUGUGCAACGUUGCUGAGAAAGGUCCUGCUUACUGUCAGCGUCUAUGGCCAGGGCCCCUGCUCUCCUCCUUGCUGGACACGUUGGCCUUCUCUGACACUGAAGUAGUAGGCCAGAGUUUGGAGCUGCUGCAACUGCUGUUCCUCUAUCAGCCAGGGGCUGCCCAGGCCUUCUUGCAGCAGUCAGGGCUGCAGGCCCUACAAAGGCAUGAAGAGGUGGCACAGCUCCAGGAUCGUGUGCAUGCUCUCCAGCAGAGAGCUCUUCAUGGGUGACUUGACCUCUCAAAGUCAUGUACUCCACUCCCCAUCUCCCCAUCUUCCUGGCCCACAGAGCCCCUUUGGGAGGUUUAGAACCAUAAUGACGUCAUGCCCUCUGCUCCCACAUCUAAGCCUAAGCCAAGAUCUCUGGAUCCCAGCUCCUCCAGUUUUACCCAGCAGUGUCCAGGUGGGAGGACCAGAGGGAACUCAGUGUGGCCUACUUAAUCUGGGUCCAUAGAAUCUCAUUUUUUCUUGUCCUUUCUCUUUUUUUUUUGCUUCAGCAGCUGGUGGCUUUUGAUGGGACGGAAUAAAAUAAGUUUUAUUUUUAUAUUCAA